UAAUGUUAAACAUUUUAUGGUAUUAUAAUUCAUUAAUUAUAAACAAUGGUUUUAUUAUUGCUGCUGGUCUCGUCAUGCGUUUUACUAUUGUACUAUUACUACUGGACGAGAAUUUAUACCUACUGGUUCAGAAGAAACGUGCCUUGUCUUAAAUUUUCGUUUUUCGGAAAUAGCCGAAAUGCAUCGAUGUUGAAGAUUACAGUUGCUGAAAGUCUUCAGAUGUUAUACAGACAAUACGAAGGAUAUCCGUUCGUCGGGACUUAUGAACUCACAACACCGGUUCUUUUGCUGAGAGAUCCAAAACUAAUAAAAUGUGUGCUUGUGAAAGACUUUGCCUGCUUUCAAGGUCGUGGCAUUAUGAUAAACGAACACGCUGAUCCGCUUAUGGCACAUUUAAUUACUAUCAACGGACAACGAUGGCGAAAAUUGCGCACAAAGCUCACACCAGUCUUCACAACCAGCAAAACUCGAUAUGUAUUUGAAUUAAUCACAGAAGUUUCAGAAAAGUUUAAGCAAUUUGUAGAGCAAUACGCAGACAAUGAAGAGCCUGUCGAAUUUCGAGAUCUUGCUGCAAAAUUCACCAGUGAAAUUAUCGCAACUUGUUUCUUCGGGCUGAAAAUUAAUACGAUAGAAAAUGACGAUUCUGAAAUACUAAAAAUGUUUAAAAAAGUCGUUGAUCCGUCAUUAGAAAUAGCGAUGAAGCGAUAUAUACGCGAUUAUAUGCCAAAAAUAUUCAAAUGGUUAUCGGUUCGGUUAAUACCUGUGGAUGUUACCAUCUACUUCACGAAGAUAGUGAAAGAAGUAAUUGCACACAGAGAAAAGCAUAACAUAACGCGAAAUGAUAUUAUGCAAGCUUUGAUAGAUUUAAAAUAUAAGCAAACAAAGAUAAAGGAUACCACUGGACAACCGCAAAACAUGGCAUUUAAUUCAAAUGAUAUAGUUAUCGAUGACAAACUAAUCACAGCUCAGGCUUUUAUAUUUUUUCUGGCUGGCUUCGAAACCUCAUCGACGGCUAUGAGCUUUGCUAUGUAUGAAUUGGCUGCUAAUCCUAAAAUUCAAGAAAAGUUGUACGACGAAAUACAAAUCAUCUACAAGAAACACGGCUGUUUUUCUUACGAUGCUAUAUCCGAAAUGAAUUAUCUCGAUUGCAUCGUUCGCGAAUCACUUAGGAAAUAUCCACCUGUUGGUGCGACACAAAGAAUCUGCGAAGAAUCAUACAAAAUUCCCGAUUCGGAUGUUGUUUUAGAAAAAGGCACAAAAGUUAUCGUGCCCAUUUAUGCAAUCCAUCAUGACCCGCUUUAUUAUAAAAAUCCAAAUGUAUUCGAUCCGGAUCGAUUCAGUGGUGAAAAUAAAAAGCUUCAUGAUAAUGAUACAUUUCUACCUUUCGGCAGUGGACCACGCAUCUGUAUUGGAAUGAAAUUUGCCUACCUCCAAACAAAAGUAGGUCUUGUUACUCUUAUUGCAAAUUAUGAAGUGAAGCUAAGUGAAAAGAUUUCUAUACCAUUACAAUUCGAACCGACUAGUAUUACGUUGACAAGUAAAUCUGGAAUAUGGUUAAAGAUCCAUCGUCGUUUACAAGAAUAAAAGCUAUUUUUAUUUAUGACGAUUAGAAUCUAUAAUUCAAUAUUAGUUAAAGGACAAUUUAUAUAUAUAA